AUGACCACAGUUUGUUGUUGUGAAGAGGACAGCCAUAUUGGUUUAUACUUCAAUGAUGAGAAUGGAAUGUCAACUCUUACGGCGAUGUUUUCUGCCCACUGACACAUCUUGUUGGCAUCAUGCAGGAGAAUGCUGAAGUGUAGGCUUUUCUUGUGUUGUGCAUGUCUUUAUUUUUAUGUGUUUAUUCUCUCUGGACAUAGUCGAUGGCUAGCAAGGUGCAAGUUGCCAAGUUCCCGGUCCACACGAAUGACUUUAGCGAUGUCCCUCGACUAGGGCCAAUAUCUCAUGGACAUUGGAAUAUGGAAGAAAAUGAGAUACUUGAUCGGUUGAAUGAUGAUAGUUCUAAGAACCGAGUGGAAAUUCUUGAACAGUUGAUUAUCACUGUCAAACGCAAUGGUGGACGAUUACCGUACACCGAGCCCUUGUCAAUCUACAAGGGAUUAGCACAAGCGCUGUCAGAUUCAAGUUGGGAAAUUCGCCUAAAAUGCAUUCAGCUGUUGAACGAAGUCAUUCCUCAUGCAAAAGAGGAUCUGGACCAUUUUAUGGCUCCAGUCAUACACAAGCUGAUUCCCAAUAUUGGGGACACCAAGGUGACGGUCAAAAGGGCUGUCAUUCAAACUCUACAUGUGUACAUGAAAUACACACAUGAUGUUCCUGCCCUUCUGCGAGGAAUCGUCCGCAUCGGCCUGGAAAGUGACGACAGUAAAGUAAGAAAGGAAACAGUAAGUGCCUUGCCUGUGAUUUUAACAAAAGAGUUUGCGCAUGAGAACUUUUUUGAUGUUAUCCAGUCUUUGGCUAAAAAGUUGCUGGAUUCAUCUGUGGAGGAUAACCUACAAGAUUCAUCUUUGUUCACCCUUGGCAAGAUUGAGGCAUUAGUUGGAGAAAGAGAAUUCAGCAACUACCUGCAGAAGUUAUCUUCCCCAUUGCGUAACUACUACUUGAAGUUGUCAGGAAAGCAGGCAAAUGGAUUCAGUGAAACUCCAAACCCGACCCCCAGACAAGGCCCUAAUCCUGUGCACAGCAAUCGCAGAUCAGUGCAAGCAUAUCCAGAACCAGAAUUAAACUAUGAGAUUCCAUACCAAGGAAACAUGCCUUUCGGUAACCUAAAUGGGUCUAUUCAGCAAGAACGACAUGCUCAGUAUAUGGACAGUCUUCAUUUUGGUAUUAUUCCUAGUCAUGUGAUGAACCACAUUAAUGAUCAGGAAAAUUUUCGCACUCGUGCACAGGCAGUUGAGGAACUUAAGUCUAUAGUAAAUGGUCUUGAAGAUUAUGAACUUGCUGAAGUUCUCAUGCCAGAAAUGGCACCGUUUAUUAACUUUCUUGGCCAGCUGCUUGAUGAUUCUAACUUUAAAAUUACAAGUGUUACACUGGAAAUUCUUUUCCUUCUUGUAGAGAAGCUUAGGAAAAAUGUAAAGCAUUUUUUAAAACCACUGAUCUCGGCUCUAGCCAAGAGGAUGUGUGAUAACAAAGCAGUUGCUCGACAGGCUGUGAUGAAAGUUGCUAUCAAAAUGAUGCAGAGUUAUGCCCCAAAGCCAGUAUUACAAAUGAUCGCAGAGAACUUGAAGCAUAGAAACUCGCGUGUUCGACAAGAGACGAUCAAUGUGAUUAUUGCUGCUCUUUUGACUUUUCCCAGUUAUGAUUUUGACCUUCCAUCCAUAUGUCAAGUUGUGGGUCCAACAUUAACUGAUGGGAAGAGACAAGUGCGUCAGGCAGCCCUGGAGUGUUUUUCAGUCUUGGCCCAGGCAAUGGGAUCAGGUAGAUUACAGCCUCUUGUCCAUGCUGUGGAUCAAGUGGAACUCACCACUGAAGGUGAAGGUCUCAUGGCGGCAGUACAAGCUCGUCUGGCCCGGAGACAGCUUCCACGGCUCAAUUCUGAUGGACUUGUGGAGUAUGCUACUCCGAUUCCAUCAUCGGCAACCCAUCGAACCCCUCCUAACAUGGCCCAAGGUGCAGACAUGGAAUGGAUCUUGUCUGUGAGUGGCACUGGCUCUGCAAGAUCAUCCAGAUCAGACCCACACAUGGAGUUGGAGUCUGUAACAGGGUCGGCACGCUCUACCCCAGCGGUUCCAGACACGCCCACCUCAGCCCCCAGAAGGUUUAUGAGUGCAGGGAGGGGCAGGAACAAGUUCCCUUGGGAGGAAGAAAAGGAUGAGAGGGCAAGGAUGUACGAGGGACCCCCUGGAUCUGCACCAACACAGGCUUUCAUGAGUGAUGACCCGCCUCCGAAGCCUCGGAACACCUGGAUGAAUGACAACGAAGUUGGUCAAGAUCCUCGCAGAGUGCCAAAGAGAAGGUCCACCGUCAUGGGAAUCAAUGCUGGAGAAGAAGCACCAGAACAUGGUUCGUACAUGCAGAUCUACAAACGAAAACAGCAAGCUAACGUCACCAGAAUAAACAACUACGCUCUCUCAGAUCAAGGGGAGACGACAAUUAAAGAUAUCAAAGAAAAUGGCUUCCAUCGUCCUGACCACAAAUCUACACCGCGGCCUUUCCUAGACCCAAUCUCAGCUGACCAGGGGUCAGUGACUGGCGACGACUCCCGCACAGAUGAAGACGAGACACCAAUCUUCCUUAAACCAACACUAGCACGAGGGUCAGCAACUAGACGCAAAUCCCCCAAAGUUCCCCCCAUCAACACUUCAUCUUCACCAUCCUACUCCAACAUCAGGGAUGAUGACAGUGACAGCGCCUACGCUGCAUCGCUUGAUGAUGUGGGCGGACAGGAGAUGCAGAGCUCGCUGCGUCAGAUACGGAACAGUGCGUCGAAGAAGAAGGCAGAACGACUGGAGAAACAGAGCAGUCGCCAGAGUCUCAACUCGUCACCGCCAUUCUCGGAUAACAAUGAGGAGAGUGGUAUAUUCAGCACUAUGUCACAGAAGGAUGAGGAAAAUAGGAAAAAGGGGAAAAAUUCCCCAUUUGAAUCGAAACCAAAGCUUGCACGCAACAACUCUGUCCGCAAGAAGAACGGAGAUGGAUUUGAUAUCGAGGGAAGUAGCAGCAAUAUUAGCCAAAAUUAUAACCCUGCAAGUGGGGUGACGUUCCGAGAAAAUCGCAACUCGGACGUGCAGGUCGUUGGGAAAGGAUACAACGACGAUUCCUCUUCUACGGACAGUCGGCCAUUGGGCACAGUCAACAAUAAGGCAGCCAGGGAUCGGCGCAGGGUCACCAAAGGUUCCACUCUCUCCCCACUUGGUAUGACAUCACUGCACUCCUAUGGCGCCAUUGAAAUCGACGAUGAUAAGACACCGAGCCAGGAACAUAUCGCCCUCUUCGGAAAGGGGAUGUUUGACCAGCCACCUGCUACCACGGAGUACCCAGUGAGCGGGAUGCAGUCUCGGGACCGACUUGACCGCCGGCUAACGGGAGGGGAUCCCAAGGCUGUACCUAACGGGGUUGUCGGGGUCGGGGUGAGGCAGAAUGAGGCUGACCUGGGCUUUGAAGAGGAUAUGGAUGAGGACCUGAAUGCCAGCAUGACGAAAACAUUCCGAGAGAAGAUUGCUGCCAAGCAGCAGCAGCAACGAGAAGAGGUGGAACUGAAGAAAUUUGAACAAGAGAAGAAAAGACAGGAGAAGGAGGAACGCCAAAGAGAAAAAGAGAGGAAGGAGAAAGAACGACAGCAGGAGAAGCUCCGGAGACUCAGCAGUUCGGAGAGCAUCGGCCUCGAUGGCUUGACUAUAUCUGGCUCGGGCUCCAACUCGACCACCAACCUUGGCAGCCCCACAAGAGCUGCUCCGCCAAAAGUCACACAACCAGCCAUAACUCCACGCAAAAAGAUCAAAACUGUAAACGAACCAGUGUCUAGUCACCCGAUGUCAGCCACAUCCCACUCCCCCACGACCAAGUCCGAGAACCCCGAGGACUGGAAACCGUUUCGGGAUGCUGAUGGUGCUCUCCGUGAAGCUUUAAAGAAAAUAGGCCAGGAUGACUGGGAGGUGAAGAUGGAAGCUAUUAACUUGCUACGCAGAUUGACCAUCCACCAUCCUGAGACACUCUCCGGCCAGCUUCAUACAGUCAUACUGGCCAUCAUAGCAGAGGUGAAGAAUCUGAGAUCUCAGGUUUCAAGACUUGCCAUCACAUGUUUGGCUGAAAUGUUCUCCAAUCUAAAGAGGCAGAUGGACCAGGACCUGGACAACACGACAAAAUGCCUGCUGGCCAAGUCUGGAGAGAGCAACCACUUCAUCCGCACAGAUGUGGACAGAGCCCUGAAAGCCAUGAUGGAGAACGUCACAGCAACACGAGCACUCCUGGCUAUCAUCAUGGGUGGAGCUUCUCAUAAGAACACUGCUGUUAGACGUACAACAGCUCAGUGCCUUGUGGUUCUUGUGGAGAAGAUGGGUCCUGGGAAGAUCCUCAGCGGUGUCAAGGACAUCACAGAUAGAGUUCUGCCGACGGCUGCACAGUUUGCUCUCGACAGCUCGCAGGAAACAAGGUAUUAUGGCAAGAAGAUCCUGUAUCAACUCAUGUCUCAUCAAGACAUCGACAAGAUGCUUACCAAGUACCUCCCUGCCAACACACUGCGCAGUGUGCAGGAUGUUGUCGACAAUUUACGGCAGAAGGGUUUGGGUGGCGCGCCCAGUGAAACGUCUUCAGCAAGGUCCCAGAGAUCGGGGUCAUCAGUGCGCGGCGGGUCAGCUAGCAGCUCUGCUGAAAGUGUGAACACUCCACAGCCAAAACGGAAGUCGGUGCGCACUGACGAGGGCACUAUGGACGACAUCCGGGAGAUGAUCGGCCAGCUGGGUUCCAACGACUGGAAGACGAGGCAUGCAGGCAUCACACAGUUCCAACAGAUGACGGAGUCCAACCCCAAUGCUGUGUCCUCACAACUUGUCAAGAUAUUUGACAAGUUCCUGCCGCGCCUGCAAGACUCCAACAGCAAGGUGAACCUGCACGCGCUGCAGGUGAUGCUGCAGGUGAUCCCGCAGCUCAAGGACUCCAUGCUAAGCGGCGUCCUCAACAUGGCCAUCGGCAACGUCGCUCCCAACCUUUCGUCCAAGAAUCGAGAAAUCUACACCACAGCGACUGACAUCCUAGAGUGCUUCAUUGAACACAUGGAUUCAAGUUUGUUAAUCCAACCGUUCGCCAACCAGGCCCAGUCAGUGAGUGCACGGAGCAAGCCCGACAUGGUCCUCAAGGUCGCCUACCUUGUUGACCGAGUUUACUCCAAGAAGCAGAAGCAGGUGAUCCUCCACGUUCUGCCCCUGCUCUGGCAUCUCCUGGGGGCGCAAAACAGCAGCGGCGCCCUGCACGGCGGCAGCAGCGACCUGCGCCAGGCCAUGGGCUCCCUGGUGUCUGUCCUGUAUAAACAUAUGGGCCAGAGUCUCAUUGAGAAGGCCAGCUCCGACCCCAACGUCAGCACACGCCAUCUGAACCUGCUGCAGGAACUCAUUGACCAGUCAUAACACCAGCGUCAGCAUCAGACAUGUCAUGUCAUGUGUUGUUGUCAGCGCCAGACAUUUCGUGUAUUGUUGGAGAUCAUUGACCAGUCAUUGCACCAACAUCUGCGUCAGUUAUUUCGUGUAUUGUUGGAGGUCAUUGACCAGUCAUACCACCAACAUCAGCAUCGGACAUUUCGUGUAUUGUUGGAGGUCAUUGACCAGUCAUACCACCAACAUCGGCGUCAGACAUUUCGUGUAUUGUUGGAGGUCAUUGACCAGUCAUACCACCAACAUCAGCGUCAGACAUUUCGUGUAUUGUUGGAGAUCAUUGACCAGUCAUACCACCAAAAUCAGCGUCAGGCAUUUCGUGUAUUGUUGGAGGUCAUUGACAUGUCAUAACACCUUGAGCCUUAGACGUUGAUGUGUUGUAGGGGCCGAUUGACAAGGAUGAUACCCAGGGCUUUGUCUGUUGCUUCAUACCAAAGGAAGAGAAAAACUGUUGUGUUGCACUGGAUAUUCAACUUACUAAUUUAGGGAAUUUAGGGGGGGAAUGUUAUAUUUUCAAGUCAUAUUAUCAUGGUUGCUUGAAGUUGUUGACAAGAUAUAACACUUGUUGGAAGGAAUCAAAAUGGAGGACUGAAGUUUGAAUUCUACAUGAUCUUAAGUUUUUUUUCAUAUAUUUGGAAACAAACUUCUUUAUUGGGUAUUUUGGAAAAAUAUUGAAUAUAAUAUCUUGUGAAAUAAGUGGAGGACCGCUCUUAGAGGAAGGAGUUGCCUUGGUUUCUAACCAGGAAGAGUGUACCAGCCCUCACACCGGGCCGGAACGCACUCUACUUCUGGGAGUAUCUGGCUUAUUCAUUAGUUGUUCAGUCAGUGAUGCAGAACAGUUGUAGUUUUUGCCGCCUGUGUGUUUAGCUUUUACACAUUUAGUGUAUCAGAGUUACUUGCACAUUCUUGAAAAGUGAUAUCUUAUUUUGAUAGAUAAUCUUUUUGUCAGUUUCUCUGAGUAGAGUAAGCACAUGUACCUUUCAGGACAUACCAUGUUGAUUUCAAUUUGUGUCGAUAUUUAGAAAUAGAUCCACUAACCUCCUGGUUUUCCAAAUGAUUUAGUCAGUGUAGAUAUGGUGUAUAUAUCAACUGAAGUCAGGUCUAUUUCUCGAAACCAGUGAUGAUUCUGUACAUACUUGGAUGAUGUGUCAUGGCGUUGCUGUCUGUGUCAGGUGUUUGUGUGUAUAUUUCCCAUCAUGGUGCAUAUUUCACUAUUUAACAAUCUCGUCACCAGACCUGCUCAGGUCUUGUACAUGUUUAUUAUAGUCUAUUUAUUAUCCUCACAUGGUCUCAACAGUGAUAACACAUGCAUGCUCUGGGUAUGCCUAGUUUAUCUUUACAAACAUGCAGAGUACUUGUACAUUUUGUAUCAUAAAUGAUUUUUUAAAAGGCAGGAUUUGUUUCACUUCAUAUUUUAUGUUGAUCAGUUUGUUUACACUAGUUCUGUAAGUUUUACAUCAUUUUAUAUAUCAAUUCAAGAUAGGCAUUACCAGAGAAUACAUUGUGAAUUAUGACUUACCAAAAGGUUUCUCAAUAAUUAAGGUUGAAAAGGAUGCAUGUUGAUUUGGCAACAAGUAGUAAAUAAGAGAGAUAUUGUUGCCUUUUGGUAUGUUGUGAUUGUCACUGAUCGUUGUGUCUCAUGUUUUGGCAUUUUAAAUGCCCCCGACUGUGAUAUGUUGAACCUAUGUCAUCUACAUUGCUGUCUGUGAUCACCCUCCGUCCAGGUCAACAUGCUGUGACCCUGCUUGUUAUGUUAUCGGACCAACUGUCACCAUGCUCACAUGCCUUUAACACUGCAGUUGUCAGCACUCUCCGCUGACGGAAUACUUGAGGAACAUCUGUUAUAGUAUUUGAUGUUUGUAUAGCCUGUCAGUUCAUAUGAAGAAUAUAUUUCUGAGGUGUAAUUUUAUGGAAAUAUGAGAUUUUGAACCAUCAGAAAGCAGUAUAAAAUUGUUGUUAAUUUAGUUUUCCAUUUCCCAAAUCUUGGGUUAUUUGUGUGCAGUUAGGAUUGAUUGAAAGAACUUUGAAACAGUGUAGUAAAUGAGGAUUAGAGUUGAUACUACUAUCCUGUCAUCAGUACCACUGAUUUCAAUCUCAUUAAAAUCAGAUCUUAGUUCUCGCUACCGCUAAACCAAGAUCUGAGGACAUCCCAUUAGGGUUCACGUCAGAACGACCUUUCAUCCGACCAAUCAGUGUCGCUUACCAGAUCA